GUCAGGCAGGGAGGCGUGAGCGUGGCCUGCAUUUCUGGUUCCCCCCGCCCUCACCCCUCUCAUUUUACUCUUAUCAUGCUUCCCAGAAAGUCUGCCUGCUGGAAGAAUCUUCUUGACAGUUUCCCAUGUGUUGUCUGAUAACUCCAUAGGAUUCGGCUUCUGAGAACCAGUCGGAAGCAGGCGGUGACACUGCGUAAUCUGCCUGUGAAGCCGCGGAUACUGGCUGUGGCACUCUGGGGAGCUUUUGCACGCUGCAGGCAUGAGGGGAACCAGCAUCAGGGACGGUGUGCCCAAGACCCUCCUGGCCAGAGCGCUGUACAACAACCACCCAGACUGUUCCGACGAGCUGGCCUUCUCCAGAGGCGACAUCCUGACCAUUCUGGAGCAAAAUGUGCCUGAAAGCGAGGGCUGGUGGACAUGUCUGCUCCACGGCAGGCGAGGCCUGGCCCCAGCCAACCGCCUCCAGAUCCUCACGGAGGCCCCUGCAGACACACUCUGUCCCCCUCUCAGCCGUCCCCCCACCAGCUCGGAGGAGACCUAUCAGGUGCCCACACCGCUGCACUCCUCACCCCCAGGGCCCAUAUACGAGCCCAUGAAGAGCUGGGUGGAGCAGUCCCCGCCACCCACCACCCAAGUCUACGAGCUCCCUGAUCCGCCUUCUCGAGCCAGAAUUGUCUGUGAGAAGACGCUGACCUUCCCAAAGCAGGCCCUCUUCGUGCUCCCCAGGCCUUCCAGGGCCUCGUUGCCAGCCUUGCCUUCCCAAGUGUAUGAUGUGCCCACCCACAGCCGGCCCUCCUUGGCCCUUAAGGAGCAAGAGAAGCACAAGUUAUACGAUGUACCAACCACCCCACAAAAGGUAGCCUUCCACCCCCCAGCCAAACAAGCAAGCGGGCAGAGUGGUCCCCUAAAACCAACGCUGGACUUCAGAGGAGGUGGCUACAAUACAUUGCCAAGCCUGCAGAAAUCAGAAUGGAUUUAUGACACCCCAGUGUCUCUGCGAAAGGCCAGCGUCGGGAAUGCGCCUCUAACUAGCUUCACAGAAGAAGUGAAGCCAGUCGCUGUCCCUGACUCCAUCCCCGCUGCCCGCAGCCCCCUGAGCAGCAGAGGCAGGGCCCUGGGCCCACAGCCUGCUAACAACGUGUCUGAACAGAAAGAGCCCAGCCUCCCAGAAAUCGCCUCCCACACCUUCCCAGUGCCUGGGAACACUGUCCCUUUGGACGCAGGUGUCAGCUACGAGGUGCCUUUGAGCUUUCUGAUCCCUCGCGUAGAGCAGCAGAACACCAAGCCCAAUAUUUAUGACAUCCCUAAAGCAAUAUCAAGCCAGCCUCCAGCUGAGAAAGAGUUUGAAAAAGCCAAGGAGGCUCCGGAGAGUUCUGCAGGCCUCGACUCCUGCCUGAUCUCAAGACGGACACCCUCCCUCUCUCCAGAGCUGGACAGAUUGUCCAUUUCCAGCUCCAACAGCAGGGCCAGUGUCAUUUCUUCAUGUUCCUCUACAUCCACUGACUCCUGCUCUGGCUCCUCCUUGGAGGAAUCAGCCAAGGAGCACUGGCUGGACGUGGACUUGGCCAAAGACAUGGCAAUAGCCCUGCAGCACAAGGUGGUCAGCUCUGCAGCAGGCCUGCUGCUCUUUGUAAGCAGGAACUGGAGGCUCAGGGACUCCCUGGAGGCCAACAUCCACGCGAUCCACAGGGCCGCAGACCACAUAGAAGGAUCAUUGAGACAAUUCCUGGAUUUUGCCCAAAGAGUUAGUGGGGCCGCCUACAACCUCAGUGACGGUCACCUUCAGGCUAAAAUUCGGGAUCAGCUACAGACGAUCUCCAACUCCUACCAGAGCCUGCUGGAAGCGAAGGAAUCCUUGGACAGCUGCGACUGGUCCCUCAAAGCUCUUUCAAUGGACAGAGUCCAAAACAACAUAGAUGACCUUGAGAGGUUUGUUGUGGUCGCACGGACGGUUCCAGAAGAUGUCAAGAGGUUUGUCUCCAUUGUCAUUGCCAACGGGAGGCUCCUUUUUAAGCAGAACUGUGAAAAAGAGGACACGGUGCGAUUGCCCCAAAAUGCAAAAUUUAAAUGUGCACAAUGUGUCCAGCUUCCCCAAAGAGAGAUGGAAUCCUACCAAAGGAGUGCUCCUUCUGAUAAACAAGGGGGAAAUGAACACCCCCCUAAUCUAGCACUGAAAAACAGAACAACUGUCUGUGAACAGAAGUUACCUGGUGUAGAAGAGAGAGAAAAGUCAACCUUGGAACAAAAGUCAGAUGAAAACAAAAACUCAGGACCAGCGACUCCGGGCUCUCUAACCCAACCUCCGAGCAAGCUGAGCCGCCAGAGGCAAGUCCACCUCUCGGAACACUGCCGGCUCUACUUCGGGGCGCUCUUCAAAGCCAUCCGCGUGUUUCACAGCAGCCUCAGCACCCACCAGCCCCCCGAGGUCUUCAUCACGCAGAGUAAGCUGGUGAUCACGGUGGGCCAGAAGCUGGUGGACACGCUGUGCAAGGAGACCCAGGAGAGAGACGUGCGCAAUGAGAUCCUCCGCAGCAGCAGCCACCUCUGCGGGCUGCUCAAGGGCCUGGCGCUGGCCACCAAGGACGCGGUGCUCAAGUACCCGAGCCCCGCUGCCUUGGGGCUCCUCCAGGCCGAGGCCGAGAAGCUGGAGCACCACACGAGGCAGUUCAGAGGGACGCUAGAAUGAGCCCUUCCUCCUCCUUCUCCGAGGUUAACUCUGGUACCGACAGCUUGCGCAGCGCGGGCUUAUGGGACAAGCCAGCUGGAGCGUAGGCGCAUGUGCACGACAGCCCCGGCCCCCAGAGUCCAUAGUCCCGAGGGGCUAAGUGACCCCAGGACACUGACUUACCCAGAGAGGGGACAGGAGACAGAGUCAGAUAUUAAGCAUGGACAUCGAGAAGCUAGGCAUAACACAUAGGGCGGAUGGCGUCAGUGUUGGAAGUGACGUCAUGGAGAUCAUUUUUAUAUUAGUGAAACGUGUGCGUGGUUUACAUUCAUUCAUUCAACACUUACUUAUUGAGCACCAAUUAUGCAUCAGGUUCUAGGAGCUGGAGUGGGCAUCAGAGGCGUGCUGAGCUCACAGUCUAGUAGGGGACAGAGACGAUGAGGUGAUGAAGAAGCGUAUCUUCAAUAUAUAGGGAGA